UUCAUUAUGAAGGUAAAAUGCUGCAUCUACAGGAAGUAUGUAGUCAGACUUCCUUGUUCUUACAGUCAUCCUUGCCAUACAUUGGUUCUGUUUUACUGUCCAGAUUUGGAAUUCUAAUUGCAGGGCUGCUUCUACAACUUGCUGCCGUCUCAAGUGAUCGCUGGGUUGAACUCCGGAGGCCUCUCUGCUACAAAUGGAUGGACUGCCUCAAUCGGAAUGUAGAGAUGCAAGAAGUGGCCCACGCUGGUUUGUGGCAGGCCUGCUAUAUGUAUGUGGUGGGGUCCAUACCAGAGCUGCAGACCUACAGUGACCCUUACUGCUCAAAGUUUGUAGAAGACAUUGAAUCCUCCGAGUGGUUGGCUGUAGGUGGGGCUUUGUUUAUGACCAGUGGAAUCAUGUUUUGUAAUGGGAUGUUGACAGCCGUCUGUUUGACUGUGUCCAAAAAGAAGAAAAACUACUAUUUGAGUUACAUAGCAUUUGUCUUAAGUGGAGCCACAAGUUUGCUGGGUGCUCUGGUGUAUUUCUUCAAAAUGGGGGUCGAGUUCCUGGUUCCAUAUGAUAAAGAGACAACCUACUAUCGUGCAUCGUGGGGCUUCUUUUUUAGUCUAAGCGGAUCAGCCUUGAUGAUAGCUGCAGGAAGCAAACCGUUAGUUUUAGGGCGACGAUGGUCAAUAGAUCUUUGGACAUGUUCCAGAAGGGAAGCAACAACACAUCUUUGAUAAAUAUUUGGAAUACUCUCCCCUAGUAAAACCGAAUAAAAAUGACUCAAUAAACACUAGAUGUAACUUAACAAAAAAAAAAAUAAACUUUAAAUCACGUCA